AUGGAUAGCCUUCCUGAAGCAGAGAAAGAAACAAAGACUUCAAAAGGAAAAGAGGGAAGGAUUAUCGAACGAGAAUUAAAAAAUUUUGAUUAUUUAAACUGCACAGCUUGGAAAGCACUUCGAGCACAGUUUUCUUCAGGUGUUAGACAUCCUGAACUACUAUCUAUUGCAUCAAUACUUUCACGCACUCUUGAUUUACCAGAAGUUACAAGAUCUGGUAAAAGAUCUUUUAAAGUUCUAAUUAAAUGGUUUGAUGAUAAUUGGGAUAAAAUUUCAAGCAUCAUUAGAAAUAUCACUUUAUUAGAUGCCAAUGAAUGCCCAAUAUCAGGACAGAGAGAGUAUUGUGAGCUUUAUAAAUAA